AUGGAUUCUCGCAGUACAGCCGAGGAGAUGGAGAGGCUUCAGCUAUCGGAUGAUGACACAGAAGACCUCUGGGAUUCACCGUCGAAGCGGGGCGUCGCGCAGAAAUUCACCCCCAGAGCCUCCGACGAGAAAACUACACCGGAGCCUCGUGCUCCCCAUGAUUCUGGCGAUACUCUUUUUGAUCGCCAAGAGGCACGCGAGGUGGCGCUACAGACAGAGCUACAAAGCGUGCGGAACAUCAACGAGGCGAUUGAAGGUCUCCUGGGCAGCAUUGACCGUGCCAAAGGAAACAUGGAUACCGUGUCGCGCACCGUCACUUCGGCCUCGACUCUGUUGAAUACAUGGACCCGCAUCCUGUCGCAGACAGAACACAACCAACGCCUGAUUCUCAAUCCCGAUUGGCAAGGCGCCACCCAAGAUGUGGCCAACAUGGAGAAUGAAGCGAUCCAAAAACAGCAAGCGGCCGAGCGACGUGAGCAAGCGCUGCAGCAACAGCGAGAAGCCGCUGCCCGAAAAGCCGAGGAAGACGAGAGGCGGCGGACGGCGACCACCAGAGGCACUCGUGGGACUAGUAGAGGUACUGCUCGUGGCACUGGUCUCAGACGAACCCCCAGUCCGCAACUCGAGGAUCAACAACGGCGACCCGACGACCGGCCAGUGGGAUUGCGCGCGGUAGUGGAAUUGCGCGACGAAUCCCCCGAGAUCGAACGGGCGCUGUCGCCACCACCCGUGGAUGGCCCUCGCGUCAAGUCUCCGAACCUCCGCUCGCCCCGGGCGUCGGCCGACCUCCCGAGCCCCGGCCACUUUGUCGGCGGCGGAUAUGGCAACACGGGCUUUGGGCGAGACAUCGAGGGUGGGCAUGUGAGCCUGGGGGCAUUUGAGACAAGUCUGCCGAUCCGCAUGGAUGUGGAGGCCAUGCUGGCGUACUUACUUCUGCCGCCGGCCGGAGGAGUGUUUCUGUUGCUGACGGAGCACAAGAGUGACUAUAUUAUCCAUCUCGUCUUCGCGUGGUCCAGCUUCUUGUCUUGGACUCUCUUUAUCGUCGACUUCUUCCUCAUUGGCUUCCUCAGCUUGCAUGCCUAUCGCGAUGGUCACUUCGAAGUGCCGUUCUUUGGCCGACUGGCCAAUUCCUUUGUCGACGACGAAUAA